AUGGCAAACAAUUCCAAAGAAACGACACCCACAGUAUCUUUCAAUGAACAAAGCCAGAGAAUUGUUAUUAUUGGCGAUCAAACAGCACGGAACAUGGCGACAUCUUUAGCACAAACAAGAUCUAAUUACAAAAAUCCAAAGAAAUAUUUUAUCAGUGGAAUAGUAUAUCCAAAUGCAAGCAUUGAACAUGUAAUUCAGUGUUCUAAAAUUAUGAUUGAAGAACUACAAGAAGACGACUGGCUUGUUCUAUGUCUAGGAUCCAAUGACUCGAACCCAAUUAAAAUAGGCAUGGAGCUGUCGUCAUUACUUAAGAGACAAAAUUAG